AUGUGGCUUGGCAACCAGAGUGUGAUCAUGGCAGCCGAGGCUUAUAGCCCCUCUGAAGGGGGCCUUCUGCCCUCAUCAGUAGGCUUAGACCAUGCUCACUUGAAUAACUCUGAUAAGCUAAGUAGAUCCUACCCCUGGGCCAGCAAGAACAGGAAAAGUCAGCUCUUUGAACUCUGCCGGCGUAGAGCAUCUCUGUCUGGGGAGAAAUGGAGCUCUUACUGUUUGUCUUCACUGGCAGCUCGUAACAUUUGUACCAGCAAAAUUGGUAACUUGUGGGCUCAGUGGAAUUCUGCCUCUCUCUCCACUUCCAUUGGAAGUUCUGCUUCUUGCUCCUUUUUGCAUGCCCUCGCUGUGGAGGAAUCCAGCCAGCACCUCCCAACUGCUGCACGCAAUCCAAACAAAGCUAUCUUCACUGUGGAUGUCAACACAACAGAGAUCCUCAUGGCUAAUGACAAAGCCUGCAAGCUGCUUGGGUGCAGUGGUCAGGAACUCAUUGGUCAAAAGCUAUCCCGCUUGAUAUCCAAAUCCAGUCAAGAGGUAUGGGAAGCUGUGGGUGAGGAGUACAUAGAAACUGAUGAAUGUUCAUCGGUGGUUUCAGGAACUGUGGUGGAUGUUACAGGCCGUCUGAAAGAGAAGAUCCCUGUCUCGGUCUGGCUGAGACGAAUAGGAAGCAAGAACAACCAGUGUUGUGUGGUUGUGCUGGAACCAGUGGAAAGACUUUCAGCUUCUGUUUCCUUCAGGGUUGAUAUCCCUCCUCUAGGCAGAAAAAUCCCAAAGGACCUCAGGAUCCAGCGAGCUGUAGGCCAAUCCAGAGAGGGUAACAUGUUUCCUCUCAGUUUAAAGCUGCAAGUAAGCCUUCUGGAGGAGGACCAAGCGGCAGUGCAGAAAGAUGGUGUUCUGCAGACAGAAAAAGAAGGCUCUUUUGCAAGCUAUCAUUACUCUGCUACAGUCGUGGUUUUCUCCACCAUCAGUGGUCUUAUUACUGUCCAGUCAGAUGGAACCAUCUGUGGCAUCAAGGAUAGUUUUGCUUUAAUGCUCUUUGGCUAUGAGAAGAAAGAACUGUUGGGAAAGAACAUUACAUUCCUGAUCCCUGGUUUCUAUAACAACAUGGAGAGAAGCCGUGACUGUUCUUUGCCAUCACCUCCUCUUUACAACUCCACGGGGACAGAGAGUGAGUGCAUUUUUGAAGAUGUUACUGCCUGUCAUACAACUGGCUCUGGCAGCUGUAACAAAGACAGCAGCUUCUUGGCUGCAUCUUUAGGAAGCCUUCUGUCAAGAGAUGAAGAGCAGAAAUUGGAAAGAAGGCACAAAGAUGACAAAUUAAUACAUGAUGAGGCUAAACAAAAGAAUGGGACCAGUUUAUUUUCUACUCCCUCACCUCCUGAAGUGGCAUCUACACCCUCUAAUAGGCUAGAAGACAAUCCAGAUACCACAUCCUAUGCCCCAAUUAAGCUGCCUUCUGAUGUUACUUGUAACUCACCUGGAACACCAACAAUAGAUGAGCCAUGGUCUGCGACAACACUGGACUGCAGACAAGACUUUCAAAGCCACAUGGUUACAGGGCAGUUGUCAAAAACAAACUUGAAAAACAGUGCCUUUUCAACUGGGCAAGAAAAGCAGCUGUUGAAUGGUAUUGCCAUAGAAGAUGGUUCUGGGUGGCUGGCCUCUCAAAGGCAUUUAGAAAACGCUGAAGAAUCCUCCAAAGCAUUUCUUGAGAAGCCUGAAACUCUUGCAGAGACUGUGGGGGACAACGUCAACAGAAACCCACUGAAAAGCAAAGGUAGUCCUGAAGAAGACUGUCAGUUGCAUGGGGAGCAAAAUACGGAGAUAAAAGUAACAUCGACCCCAGUGAAACAAGAAGAAAGGCCGAAUCCAGCAGCUCCUUUGACCUUGGAGAUUCUGGAAGGCAGCUACACUGGGAAUUCCUGUCACAGAGAUGGUUCACAAUUAAGUAUAGUCUUUGAAGUGAAACGUGUAGAACUGCAGGACCCUGCCAUACUUUUCUGUGUCUGGGUGGUGAAAGACCUUCUACAGAGCCAGAAGGAAGCUGUAGCAAAGACUCAGCUUUUGCUCUCAAGUCUAGCAAGCUCUGCCCAGUCUAUUGCAGAUCUUUCUACACAUAGUGUCGGAGAAGCCAUUAGAUCAACUUCACUUUUUGAGAAUUCACGAAGAACUGAAGAGCUUGAAGGAUUAAGGGCAUGUGAGGGAGAAUAUGCAAAAAAUUACAACACUCUCAGUCUUAUUGGCAAAGGAUCUUUUGGCUUUGUCUGGACUGCCAGGGGCAAGAAAGAUCACCAGGAGGUUGUCGUAAAGUUCAUCUGGAAGGAGAGGGUGCUUGAGGACUGCUGGGUAGAUGAUCCUGAUCUGGGGAGAGUUACUCAAGAAAUUGCAAUCCUGUUGAAGCUGCAGCACCCCAGUAUCAUUAAGGUGCUGGAUGUAUUUGAAAAUGAACGCUUCUUCCAGCUGGUGAUGGAGAAGCAUGGAUCUGGUCUGGAUCUCUUUACAUUCAUUGAUAAUCAGCCCAACUUGGAUGAGCCAUUAGCGAGCUAUAUAUUCAGACAGCUUGUAUCAGCUGUUGGGUAUCUCCACUGUAGAAACAUCCUUCACAGAGAUAUCAAGGAUGAAAACAUUGUCAUUGCUGAAGAUUUUGCAAUUAAAUUAGUGGACUUUGGUUCAGCUGCCUACCUGGAACCCGGCAAAUUGUUUUAUACCUUCUGUGGGACAAUUGAAUACUGCUCACCAGAAGUGCUGUCUGGCAAACCGUACCAUGGCCCUGAGCUGGAGAUGUGGUCACUUGGUGUCACACUUUACACCCUAGUAUUUGGAGAGAAUCCCUUCUGUGAGCUGGAGGAGGCCACGGCAGCUGUCCUGAAUCUUCCUUGGCCUGUGUCAAAAGGUCUCAUGAAUCUAAUCGCUGGGCUUUUGCAUCCUGAUCCAGAGCAGCGUGUGACUCUAGCGAUGUUAGUAGAGGAUCGCUGGCUGAAGCAGCCUGUGAACCUGGGUGAUUAUACCUGGGAAGAGGUAUACAUCCCUGCUGGGACAGAAAGCAGCAGAGUCAGAAACAGUUCUGGUGAGCGCACACAUGCAGACAGGCUCCCAGCUCCUCGCGGGGAGAGUGAGCCAUGCUUGAACGGCUCACAUGCUCUCAAUUGAGUGUGCGGAUCCCUGCUGGGAAGAAGCAGCGGCC